UUAUCAACUGUCUACGCUCACUUGUGGGUGGACAGAAAGCAGACCAAAAGACCAAAUAUUUGGCAAACAAAAUAAACCAAACCCUCUUCUUGGAUAACAUUCUUUCGAUGCGUCAAUCUCAAGUGCCAGAAACUGGAAGACAGACCCAGGGACAGCCACCCAGUUUUGUUAGAACACUCCGGAACACUCUUAAGAAAAGGCAGAGACUCUGUAAAACUCAGUAAGACUGCUAGCUGCGACGUCAGCAGACUGAAACUGUGGAUAGUAUAACUAAAUUAACUAGUGUGUCAUUCAAAUGUUCAACUGAUAUUUUGAGACGGCAGAAAUUAUUUUCAUCAUAUAUGAAAGGGUUAAAAAAAUGUCAAAUGUAACUAGAGCGUUGGUGAGAUCGAAACCCACGAGUGACAGUGGUAAAAGACAAAAACAUCUGACAGAUUUUUGGAAAGCAACGAAAAAUAAGAAUCUUCAUAAAAAGAAAAUUACGUCAAUUGCAAGUGAACGCUCCAGCAGUGCAAAAUCGGAUUUCAACAAAACUACACAGCAAGAAGCCAAAGGAAGACACACUGAAAAUGUUGAAGACAACCAGCAAAUAGCUACUGGGAAAAAAGUUACCAUUCAAGUUUGGCAUGGCCCCAAAUGCCCUAGUUGUGCCGCCAUCAUGAACAUCAAAGAGGAAAACAUGAAGCGAUUACAACACCAUUUCAAAUACUGCUCCUGUUAUUCAGUCUAUUAUCGAACUAUGUCGCUUCUAGAGAGUCUAAUCCUGUCUUAUCCAAUUAUCGGAUUUAAGAAAAAACAGAAAGCACCGCAUUUUUUAAAUCACAUGCAAGCCAAACAGCUGUGCGAGCUGUCAGCACUGCAUCCAACGGUAUCUGCUGACAACUCGGAAUUGUUUCAAAAAGCGGCCGAAUUGGCUUCGCAGUUGAAAGAGCCGACAGACACGGAAUCUUUCAACUGCGACCGCUACGAAGAGUACAUGAGGCUAUUGCUAGAAAUUACCGAAUUCAUUCGUCAAACGAUGUCGCGACAUUUGAACAACGGAAAAAAUGUCGAAGAUGUUCAAAUUUUGAUAACAAAUAUUACAAAUUAUUUAAAACCCUUUGAUCAAAAUCAGGAUAAGAGUACAAGUGUUACAAAAUCUCGGUCGACAACUGCAAAAACCAGAAAAUGGAACGAAACGUUUGCUGACUUGAGGCAUCCAUCAGGUGAUAACGACUUCGGUAAUGAAUUAAAAGAAAUCGCUGAACCCCAAUCAGGAGAGGAAUGUUUUCUCUUUCCUGACAAAUAUACUUGCAAAUGUCAUGGACAAUCCGCGGACAACUCCAGUGAUGAUUCUUCAAUUAGCUUAUCUACCUUUUAGUCUUUAUACGUAUAAGUAAAACUACUAUAAUUUUACAAAGAGUUAUUAGCAUUGCUACAUGAAAAUGACACCCCCGCAUUAGUCAUUACGCAUAGCUUAUUGCAAAAUUAAUUUUGAAAUCAAGAAUAAACAGGAUUGAUUGUGGAAAAAUAAUUAGCCUACCGUUUUCUUUCGAAGUAUGAAACUUUGUUCUUUGGGCGUUUUUGCCACAAAUUAACAAUUAAAAAAAAUUGAGACAAUGACCAACGAGUUGCUGUUAUGAAAACAUGUUACUGGAACGAGCCACUUGCAGCUAGGGCUUGUCGGAUUGGAGAAUUGCUGCUGAGUUUACAUUGAUGAGUUGAUGAUACACAGGGUGGAAGAAAUUAAAAAAUUGGCACAGUCGUAUAAAGUCUCCGGCCAGCCGGAUGAAUCGAUACUAGGCGCUACUGGUCUCGUAUGGAGCCGAUGUGUUUGUUUUAUUAAUAAGCUCAUCUAUUGCUGAUCUUUUGCUGUUUAUGUCUAAUAAUUAAUACAUGA